AUGGCGCCGCGUCCGCUGCCCAUUCGGCCUCCAGAGCGCGCUCUGACCCUAAGAAGCCAUCCGAACGAUGCUGAGGAUGACGUGAAGCCACAAGCCCCUCGCGGCGUGGUUCGCGACCAGUCGACAUCGCGACUGAUGCAGCUUCCGCUUGAACUCCGGCAGAUGAUCUACCGCGCUGCAAUUGGCGACUCCGUAAUGCAUAUGGUGCUGAAGAAAUACAAACUAGGCCACCGUCGCUGCGAAGCUUCUGAUAUUACCGAUUGUCCGAAACAAUAUGAGUUCUUCAGCGCUGACAAUAUAUGGUCACCACUGGCCGAACCCGCGGAUGAACCACCUGCCACGGACGGCAAUAUCCUCCCAUUACUACUGACCUGUCGACAGAUCUAUUCCGAAGCAAUAAAAUUCCUCUAUACUACCAAUACCUUUGCCUUCUCGGACCUCGACUGCCUCCGCUACUUCUCCUCCACCAUCCUCCCCCAACGUUGGUCCCUCGUCCAGAAAGUGGAUAUUGAAUGGUGCAUAUCAUGGCCCAUCUACGACCCGCUCGCUCAGGCUCUCCUUAUUUCCAGACCCGCGCUAUACCCACCUCACGACGAGGCGACAUGGGAAGGCACGUGGCAUAUCAUAUCGGAAAUGCCCAGCCUGAAGUGGCUCAGAGUCAGGCUUAUGUACUUCGAUGGCUUUCGAGAUUCGGGCUGCGAGGAGAAAUUACUCGCACCGCUACGGCAGGUAAUACGGCCAAAGAAGUUUGAUGUGCACAUGAAUUGGACCGGGGAAGAGCUAAAGGAUACACCGUUUCGUGCGAUCAGGGCAGGGACGCGCGAGUCAUUGUUCCCGGAUAAUGACUGGUUGUAA